AUGAAUGCGAAAAUUAUGAAACAUUGUUGGCAACCUGAAACUGAUGGAAUUUCGGGAGAAAUAAAAGAGCUCGCAAGCUUAGUGGAAGUUGAAGAGAACUCCACAGAUACUUUUCAUGAUGGUGAAGUCAGCUUGGAGUCUCAUACCAAAUGCAGUCCAGUUGAUGCUGUUAGUGAAAAAGAGGAAAUUCUGAUGAAUGGCGAGGUCAAGAACGUUAAAGUGAAUCCUGUUUUCGUCGAGAUCGAUGAGAGUGAAAUUCUUUGUGAUGAAAGUUUAGUGAAGGAGGCUAAGGUUAUACGUUGCUUUUGUGAUCCUACUCCUGAAGAAAUAGCUUCGGGACGUGGAUGUGGUCCGGGAUGUAUAAAUAGAGAGCUUAGUGUUGAAUGUGGUUCGCGGUGUCCUAGUGGAGAAAAGUGUUCAAAUCGGCGAAUUAAGAAUAGGGAGUACGCCAAAGUUGAAGUUUUCGAUGCUGGUAUAAAAGGAUAUGGCCUAAGAGCGCUUGAACAUUUAGAAGUAGGACGAUUUAUUAUCGAGUACGUUGGUGAAGUAAUUAGCGCUGAGCAGCUUCGACGCCGUUCAUUAAAGUAUGCGAGAGAUCCUAAGCAUAUUCAUCAUUAUUUUAUGGCUCUUAAGAAUGGAGCAGCAAUUGAUGCUACUGUCAAAGGGAACGUUUCACGUUUUAUAAAUCACUCCUGUGAUCCUAACUGUGAAACUCAAAAGGUUUUUCUGUUUGGUUUUGACGUUUUUUUAACUUGUUUGAUUUUUCAGUGGGUUGUGGAUCGUCGAUUGCGCAUAGGGUUUUUCGCUAUAAAACCGAUUGCAGUUGGGGAGGAAAUCGUUUUUGAUUAUCAGUUUGAUAGAUAUGGGUUAGAGUUUCUUUUGGGAGAAAAGCGAAAGGCUCAGAAGUGUUACUGUGGUGCCGCUAAUUGUCGCGGUCGUAUAGGUGAAGAAAGUGAUACGGAGGGUGAAGACAAUGGAGAAAUUAGUGAUGCUUCUCCGUCAAUGGAGGAUGAAGAGCUAGAAGACGAAGAAGUUACUGUUGAGGAAAAAAAGCUUAAAUCCGGCAGACGCUUCGUCAAGGACGGGAAACGAAGGAAGCUGCGAAGGCGUCAGAGGAAACCUCCACGAAGCAAAGAUUUCUCGAAGGCAGUUAACAAGGCUUUAAGCAAAGGACCGCCCCGGAAUCGAGACCAAAUUCUUGAUUUUGUCCACCUUUUGAUGCAAGUGGAACAGGCCUCACUGCGAAUUCUUCUUUUGCGUUGUCUGCUUGAAGUAAACGAGGAUAUUCUACGACUGUUUAUGGAAAAUGCGGGCUUACGACUGAUGUAUUUGAUCCUUGCCGUAGAAUACCCAAUUGAUGAUACGCAGACCGUUAAUGAAUUACGUUUUACUGCUAUUGAGCUUUUGAAAAAAUUGCCGAUUAGCAAUAAAAACCAGGUUGUGGAUAGCCACUUAAAUACGACUGUCAAUCAUAUUAUUGAUAUGCCUGGACCUAUUGAUGAGGUCGUUCUGGAAACUGUACAACACAUGUUAAAUUCUCUUGAAAAUUCUCCUUCGAGUUCGAGAGUUUCACUUUCGGAUAGUCUUUCAUUAGUUGAUACUGCCUCUGAUUUAUUCCACUUUAAGUUAAUUUCCUGUGCAAAAGAGCUUCUGCAUCAGUGGGAACCGCUGAAGGAGAUAUUUAGGAUACCUCGACGGGAUCUUUCUCGUAUUCAUAAUUCUAGCGACAAGAAUGAGAUGAAAAUGGAUUACGAUCGACGAGUACGUGGAUAUUUUCUAGCGAAAAAGCCUGAAGUACAAGAUUUUUCAAAGAGAAUUAUUCCUAUUUUGAACCGUUUUCCUCGGAAACGACCUAGUACACCGCUAGGUACACCGGAUAGCGGAGAACUAGAAGCACCUCAACGCCGAUCUCGAUUUGAUGUAGUAGCAAUGGAUAUAGUUAAUGAUGAUGACGAUGAAGAAGAAAAAAUGGAUGGAAUGAUGCGUCUUGAUUACUCAGUCCCGCCUCCUCCAGUUUUACUACCGGAGUCGAUGUUUGCUGGUGGUUUACCAGAUUUUUCAUUUUAUUCUUAUGAUAAUGAAUGGGGAAUGUAUUACGACCCGUCAACUAGGAUUUAUCAACAGUGUCUUCCAUACUGUGGUUCACAACAGUACAUGCCACCACAGCCUGUCCCUCCGCCUGAUACGAAAAAUGUAAGUAUCUUGGAAGCUCCUUCUCCACCUUCUUCUUCACCCCCUGCAAAACCUCUAGUUAACCCGCACUUGCGGACCUUGACUAUCGAUAUGGAAAAUCCAACAGAUGAGCAGAUUGCUUUAUUAAAGCAGACCCUUGCUGCUGCUGAAGAGAAGCGUGAACAGCUGAAGAAUGCAGAAGGUCAGGCAAAAAUACCUCCCCCUCCUCCAUCCAUUUCGUCAUCUAAGCCUGCAAAAUGGAUUCGCACUACUACAGAUGAUGGGAAAGUCUAUUACUAUAAUGAGGAAACCAGGUUCACUUCUUGGACGCUCCCACCAGAAGCUGUGGAAAUUGCCGAGGGCACCGUGGACCGUACCGACGCACGGGCGACGUUUAAGGCUUUAAUUUGUAAACAUGUUGCUGGCUUAUUAGAACCGAUGAGAAAAACCAAAUUUGCCUCUGCUGAUGACUAUAAAUAUGUCUUAAGAAAGGCAGAAUGUUUACAGCUUACCCACGCAGUUCUGGAAAAAGAGUUGAAGCGAGUUGGUGACGAUGUUGAGUUGCGAGUUACUGAGUCGGUCAAAGAAAAGUCGCGCAAAUAUGUGUCAGAAUAUUUAAGCAGGCUUGGCGAAGGACAGUAUAGUCGGAAGAAUAAGCAGCACAACACUUACUACCAAGUUGCUAUAAUUUAUAAGGAUUUUUAUAUUGCGUUCAUUUUACCUUUGAUUUACUUUGCCAAUUCUCGACUCCCCUUUUUCAAAGGCUUCUACCAUCGCCGUCUGUAUGGAGUGAAACCAUUGAUACUUACUGCUAAUUUUAAACGGUGUCUAGUGAUGCAACCUUCAGUUGGACCUGAAGGUUCACUGCAAAAUUUGCAGUGUGGCGUGAGAAGAGUGAAAGUCAAACAGAAAUUUGUGAGGAAGAGUUUUUUUGAGAAACUUUUGUCGGAAUGGAAGGAUUCUACUGAGGACAGAAAUUUUCGGUUUAUUCUGUCGAAGGCCCUUAUAAAUUUAAAAAAUUUCCCACUGGAAGUUGAAACGCAUGGUGACCUUAAAAACGUCAAAGGUGUUGGCGAUUAUUUGGCGCAGAAGCUCGAAGGUGCUUGGACAAAUUACUGCAGCCAUUGUGAUCUUCCUCCUCAAAUUAAAGAUGUUAAUGAACUCGCGAAGGGAGCAGCGCUACGGUUCCUGCGGCCUCAGACUUUAUCUGGCGUUCCUAAAGUUACUGACAGUGCCGCUGUUCCGUCAACAUCUACUGCAUGUCAAAAAAAGAGACCACAAGUCAUGCUGUUGUCUAAAUCGAAAUCUGCUGUCAUUGACAAAAAGGCAAGAUUGGGUUUUCAGCAAAAUCCCAAUCCAAUCUGCAGAACGCAGAGUGACACGGAACAGUGGAGCAGAAAUUUUCAAAGAAACUCUAGCAAUUAUACUGGCAAAGAUUUAACAGGAGGUGUAUGUACAGCUAACGAACAUAACUGUAACACUGUUCUCGAAUAUAGUCUUUCUGGACAAGAUGGAGAAGUCGUUCUUUUAAUUGACAAUCGCGAAAAUCAUGGUGGCAGGCGUGGUCAUUCAGUUCAUGAAUACAUUUCGAAAACGAACUGUCAUUUUGAAUUUCGGAAUCUUUCUGUUGGCGAUUACUUGUGGGUGUUACGUCUUCCAAACGAUGUUGAGCUUGUUUUGGAUUACAUCGUGGAAAGGAAAACCUUUGAUGAUCUCUCACACAGCAUUCGGCAGGGAAGAUAUGAAGAACAAAAGACGCGGUUGUUAUCAAUUGGACUGCGUAAUGUUAUUUAUGUUGUGGAAGGAAGUGGAGUACCUGAUGCAGCAAUUGAACAAGCUUUGGUUACUACACAUGUCGCAAAUGGAUUUCUUCUACAUCGAACUUUAAGUGCUAAGGAAACGGCUCAGUUCCUCUCUUCGAUAACAAGUCGGUUAAACGAUCGGAAUAAAGCAAAAGCAGAACUGAAAAUGACUUUCGAAGCAUUCCAAAGGAAUGCUAGAAAAACGCAGCGUCGAUGCGUCAGUGACAUAUUCGUGAGGCAACUCACUAUAUGCCCACAAAUGAGUGCUGCAAAGGCUGCGUUGGUAGUCGACCGGUUCCCGACAUUUCUAGCACUGACAAGGUUUUACCUUGCAGCUCCACGUGAAGCGAGAGAAGCUUUGCUCGCAGAGACUAUUCCUGGGAUUAACUUAGCACUGAGUAAGCAGCUGUACAAGUUCUUCGAGUUUUUGUAA